AUGCCAAGUACACUCAUCUACAGUUCGCAACCACGAUCUAUUGCUGUUGCUGACCUAAAUAAUGACCAUCAAAUGGAUAUUGUUGUAGCUAACUCUGGUACAAAUACGAUUGGAGUAUUUUUUUCGAACAACAACAGCAACGAAACUUUUUCUAUUCAACAAACAUAUUCAACUGAACCACAAACUCGACCAUAUUCAAUUGUUAUUGCCGAUUUUAACAAUGAUACUUAUUUAGAUAUCGCUGUUGCUAAUUUCGGUACCAAUAGUAUUAGUAUUUUCAUUGGCAAUAUGAAUAGUACAUACAAUAGUCAAAGAGUUUUCUCAACUCAUUCUUUUCGUCCAUGGUUCAUCAGUGUUGGUGAUUUUAAUAACGAUCAGUAUUCCGAUCUAGCUGUCGUCUUCUAUGGUACAGAUAAUAUUGGUAUUUAUUUAGGCAUUGGUAACGGAUCAUUUCAAAAUGCAAUUAUCUACCUAACUGGUUAUGAUUCUCUGCCAUAUUCGUUAGCUAUUUCAGAUUUCAAUAAUGAUAAUCAACUAGAUAUUGUCGUUGCUAACUAUGGUACUAAUAAUAUCGAGAUUUUCUUUGGAUGUGGUAACGGAACAUUUGUCAAUCAAACGAUUUAUACAACUACUCAUCAGUCAAAUCCAGCAUCGAUUUCUGUUGGAGAUUUUAAUGGUGAUCAAUUACUUGAUAUUGUUGUUGCUAAUCAUGGGCAAGGUAAUAUUGGCAUAUUUCUAAGUCAUAGUAAUGGCACUUUUGGAAUGCAGACUACAUGGAAUAUUGAUUUCAAAUCUCGUCCACAAUUUGUAUCUGUUGGUUAUAUUAACAAUGAUACUUAUCUGGAUGUUGUUGUAGUUGAUUCCGAAAACGAUCGAAUAUAUAUUAUACCGGGUAAUGGUGAUGGUAGUUUCGCUACAAUUAGCACAUUUGACUUAAUCAGUGGAUCACAACCAUCUAUGAUCGUUAUCGAUGAUUUCAAUCAGGACAAUCAAUCUGAUAUUAUUGUAGUUAAUUAUGGGUUCAAUAAUGUUUUAUUAUUGAGUGAAUAUUCUAGUACACCAUCAGCUCGUCAAAAUAGCUAUUUAGUUGGACAUGGUUCUCUUCCAACUGCCGUUGCUGUUUAUGAUUUCAAUAAUGAUGGUUAUCUUGAUAUAGCUGUAAAUAAUUUUUUUAAUAGUUAUAUUCUUAUUCUAAAUGGUAUUGGUAAUGAUAAUUUUGUUAGAGGAAAAACAUAUUCAACGGGUGAUAAUUCUGUACCAAAUGCUCUUUUUCUUGUUGAUCUAAAUAAUGAUCAACGAAUAGAUGUUCUUGUAGCAAAUAUAGGUUCGAAUUGUUUAGGUAUUCUAUUUGCACAAGAUCAUGAUAAUUUUGCAAAUAUUAUUACUUAUUCAAGUGGAACUAGUUCAGCACCAUGGUUUGCUGGUUUUGGUGAUUUUAAUAAUGAUACUUAUUUAGAUAUUGUUUCUGCUAAUACAGGAAUUGGUAGUAUAACUAUUUUUCUAGGAUAUGGAAAUGAUUCUUUUACUGAUUUUAUCACAUAUUCUACUGGUAUUGGAUCUGCACCAGUUUCACUUGUUGUUGAAGAUGCCAACAACGAUUAUCAAUUAGAUAUUCUUGUUGCUAAUCAAUAUUCUAAUCUUGUUACUGUCUUUCUUGGAUAUGGAAAUGGACGUUUUUAUAUGAUAACAAAUAGUUCGAAUAAUGCUGCUGAUGAAUGUAUUAUGAUUGCUGCUGGUGAUUUCAAUCGAGAUAAUAAUAUCGAUGCUGUUAUUGUCAAUGCUGCUUCUGGAAAUAUGUACGUUUCCUUCGGAAAUGGUGAUGGUCAUUUUCAAGAACCAGUCAUUUAUUCUUUAGGAAGUGGUGCUUCACCAUAUUAUGUUGCUGUCACUGAUUAUAAUGGUGAUAAUAAUACUGAUAUUAUCGUUACAAAUUUUGGUGUUAGCAAUGUAUUAGUUUUUUUUGGAGAUGUCAAUGGUAACUUUGAACUUGAAAGAACAUUUUCAACAGGUCUUGGUACGAAUCCAGAAGGUAUUGCUUUUGCAGAUUUCAACAAUGAUGGAAAAGUAGAAAUUAUCGUCACAGAUUGGGGAACUGGAUAUGUAACUAUAUUGACUGAAUAUUAUGCUGCACAAUUUACUAAUCAAAUUAGUUAUUCAACUGGCUCUGCACCACAUCCUUACUCAUUAGCUGUUGGUCAUUUCAACAACAAUCAACAAUCAGAUGUUGUUAUUGCCAACUCUGAUACUGACAAUUUAGGUAUUCUUCUUGAUUGGCAUAAUGGAACAUUUGCCAAACAAAUAAUCUAUCCAUUCAGUAUAGAUUCUUAUCCACAAUAUGUUAUUACGGGUGAUGUUAAUAAAGAUAAUCAUACAGAUAUAAUUGCUGUCAAUUCAGAAAGUAAUACGAUGAGCAUCAUUCUUGGAUAUGGUAAUGAGUCAUUUGCUAAUCAAAUGAUAUAUGAUUUAAGAGAUGAUGCACAUCCUUUUAGUGUAGCAAUGAGUGAUUUUAAUAAUGAUGGCCGAUAUGAUUUUGUCACUGCUAAUCAAGGAACAGAUAGUAUUAGUGUAUUUCUUGGAUAUGAUUAUACAACAUUUCAAAAUCAAGUUACUUAUUCAGAUGGAAAUAGUUCAGGAUCUUUCGAUAUUGUUGUCGCUGAUUUUAAUCAUGACAAAUAUCUUGAUCUUGCUGUUAGUUUUCAGAAUAGUGAUACAUUAACUAUUUUUCUUGGAGACGGAAAUGGAAGUUUCAUAGUUGAAAAUAUCUAUUCUACAGGUUCUAAUUCUAUUCCGGCAGUAUUGAUCGUCAAUGAUUUUAACAACGAUAAUCAUUUAGAUGUAGUGGUGGCUAAUUCUGGAACGAAUAAUAUUGGUGUUUUUUUGGGUUAUGGUAAUGGAAGUCUUGGUCCAAUGGUGAUAUAUUCGACUGGUGAUGAUUCCGCACCAUAUUCUAUUGCUGCUGGUGAUUUCAACAAUGAUAAUCAAACAGAUCUUGUUUCAGCCAAUUUCGGUACAAACACUAUAGGUAUUCUUUUCGGCUUUGGUAACGGAAGUUUUAUACUUGUAGUACAAUUUUCAACUGGAUCUUUUUCUUUACCAAAUGCAGUCACUGUCGGUGAUCUCAACAAUGAUAAUCGACUUGAUAUUGUCGUGUCUAAUUAUGGUACUAAUACGGUCGGUAUUUUUUUAGGAUAUGGUGAUGGAAAUUUUACAAUGAUAGUAACUUAUUCUACUGGUUUACAAUCAUGGCCAUAUUGGGUUAGUCUUGGUGAUUUCAAUGGUGACAAUGCACUUGAUAUUGCUGUUCCAAAUUUCGAUAAUGAAUAUGUGAGUAUUUUUAUGAACUAUGGAAAUGGAAGUUUUUCUAAUGCUACAUUCUAUUCAUCGGGACCUGGUUCAGGUCCAACAUGUGUUUGUAUUGGUGAUUUCAAUAAUGAUAAUAUACUAGAUAUCGCUGUUGCCAAUAAUGGGAUAAAUAACGUAGCUGUUUUAUUCGGAUUUGGGGACGGAACAUUUUUAUUAGGCAGAGCAUAUUCGACUGGUUCAGGAUCAACACCUCGAACUAUAGCUGUAGGUGACUUCAAUAUCGAUGGACAAUUAGAUAUUGUUGUUACUAAUUUUCAAUUAAGUAGAUUUAGUGUUUUUCUUGGACAGGGUCGUGAACCAUAUGCGAGUGCAUCAGACUAUGCUUCCACUGAUGAAUCACAACCACAUUCUGUUGCCGUUGGUGAUUUUAACAAUGAUGGAUGGAUGGAUAUUGUAGUAGCUAAUUAUGGUACUGAUAAUAUAGGAAUAUUUCUUGGAUCUCGUAGUGCAAUCUUUGGUAGUAUGGUAACAUAUUCAACUGGCAUUAAUUCUGCACCGUAUUCAGUUGUAGUAAAUGAUUUCAACAGUGAUAAUUACUCAGAUAUUGUAGUUACUAACUCUGAAACAGAUAAUGUUGGAAUAUUUUGUGGUUAUGGUAAUGGAUCGUUUACUAGUAUAAAUACAUAUUCAACUGGAACUCGUUCUCGUCCUUAUACGAUUGUCACUGGAGAUUUAAACAAUGAUAAACAGUUAGAUCUUGUUAUUGCUAAUUCUGGUACAAAUAAUAUCUUUGUACUUUAUGGAUAUGGAAAUGCAACUUUUAGAUAUAGUAGCAUCUAUCCAUUAGGAUAUGGAUAUCUUCCUUAUUCGAUAGCUCUUAGUGAUAUGAAUAAUGAUAAUUUAUUGGAUAUUAUCAUAGCAUGUUAUGGUACAAAUCAUGUGGAAGCCUUAGUGCAAAUGUGUUAG